AAACCGUGGGAGGACGACAGACAAUAUCAUAUCAAAACCGCAACCAAAGUUUGCGCAAGUCGUUCAAUUGGUGCAAUUGAACCCAUUUUGGAGUCUGUCCGCAUUAUUAAAGUAUUUAUUUUACUUUGAUAUCCUCUCGUCGCAUAAUACACAACAGCAGCAGCAGCCAUGGCCUCCGAACGCUCCGACAAGAAGGACAAGAAGGAGAAGAAGGAGAAGCGAAGCGACGAGGCCGGCGUGGCCAAGGCCAAGAAGGACAAGAAGGAGAAGAAGGACAAGAAGGACAAGCUCGCCUCCGUGCUGGACGAGAAGCUCCAGCAGGACGUCGCCGCGCAGACCUCCGCAAAGGCCUCGGAGGAAGCAUCCGACAUGGAAGAGGACAAGCAGCAGCCCGAGCAGCUCCCUCUCGAGCGCAAGGUCGUGCCGUUUGCCGUGCCGCUGGCGGAUGAGAAGGGCCAGAAGAAGAUUUGCAAGACGAUCCGAAAAGCCGCCAAGAACGGCACCCUCAAGCGCGGCGUCAAGGAGGUCGUCAAGACGCUCCGAAAGUCCCCCCCCAGCGCCCCCGGCUACACCUCCUUCCCCGGCGUCGUCGUCAUCGCCGGCGACAUCUCCCCCAUGGACGUCAUCUCCCACCUGCCCGUGCUGUGCGAGGACCACAACGUGCCCUUCAUCUUCGUCACGUCGCGCGCCGAGCUGGGCGCCGCGGCCAAGACCAAGCGGCCCACCAGCGUCGUCAUGAUCAUGGAGAAGGCCGAGGGCAAGAAGAACAAGCCCGCCAAGAAGGAGGCCGACAAGGAUGACGAGGAGGACAGCGGCGAGGCGUACAGCGAGAGCUACGCUUCGCUCGUCAAGCUCGUGCAGAAGGAGGCUAGCAAGCAGGCGUUUUGGACAAAGGGUGAAUCGAAGGCGUGAAGGGGGAAAAAAAGGUGGGAUGCAAAGUAAUCUGGGUGUACGUUUAAAAACCAUACCAGAGGGGAAUGAUUGUCUUGCAGCAAGACUGCUGGGACAACGGCGGCGUUCAGGUAUAUAAAGUACUGCAUUGAUCAAUGGAAUCGUUUCGUUU